ACGGGUAGAGCGCCGGAACUUCCGGUCCGCCCGGCUCCUCCGAGAGUGAGUGGCGUCACGGCGGCACGACGAGACGGAGCGGGUAGAGUGGCGCGUGGAGAGUGGUCCUCCAGCGCGGUGGCGCAGAGAGGGACCGGAAGUUGCCGUCGGAGCGCCGGAAAUGGUGUUUGCCAUGGUGGUCGCGUGGGCCUAGGCCGGGCCUGGCUGUAACCCCCCCGGCCCAGCCCGGCCCCGCCAUGACGCAGGCGGAGAUAAAGCUCUGCUCCCUGCUGCUGCGGGAGCACUUCGGGGAGAUCGUGGAGAAGAUCGGGACGUACCUGGUGAGGACGGGCAGCCAGCCGCUGCGGGCCAUCGUCGCUGACACGGGGCUGGCGCUGGACCAGGUGAAGAAGGCGCUGUGCGUCCUCAUCCAGCACAACCUGGCCACCUACCAGCUGCAGAAGCGCGGCUUCGUGGAGUACGAGGCCCAGUGCCGGCGCGUGCUGAGGAUCCUGCGCUACCCGCGCUACAUCUACACCGCCAAGACGCUGUACGGCGACACGGGCGAGCUCGUCGUGGAGGAGCUGCUCCUCAACGGCAAAAUGACGAUGAGCGCGGUGGUGAGGAAGGUGGCGGACAGGCUGACGGAGACCAUGGAAGAUGGGAAGACCAUGGACUACACGGACGUCUCGCACACGUUUGUGCGCCUGGCGGACACGCACUUCGUGCAGAGGUGCCCGCAGGUCCCCGAAGGCCCCCAGGGCCCGGAUGCGCCUCCCCCCCCUGCGCCCACCUUAGUGAUCAACGAGAAGGACAUGUACGCCGUGCCCAGGCUGAACCUCGUCGGGAAAGGGAAGCGGAGGCGGUCGUGCGAUGAGGAGGAGAGCGGCGGCCCCAAGGCCAAGAAGCAGAAGCAGGAUGCGGGCGGCGCGGAGCCCCCCCCCGACGACGGCAUUUACUGGCAAGUGAACAUCGACCGCUUCCACCAGCACUUCCGAGACCAGGCCAUCGUCAGCGCCGUGGCCAACCGCAUGGACCAGACCAGCAGUGAGAUCGUGCGCACGAUGCUGCGGAUGAGCGAGGUCACCACGGCGUCCGGCGCGGCGCACACGCAGCCGCUCUCCGCCAACGAG